AUGGGUUAUACAAUCGAACAACCAACUCGCAACGCGAAGAGAGUCCAUUUCUCAGACGGCUACACUGCCGGCAGUGCCACACCAGUCGACGACUUCUUGUUCAAGAGGGCCAAUUGCUCGAACACGUCCAAUGCACAGGAGCCAUGUGGUACGCAAGCCAGUGUCACCCAAUCCAAAUCACUCACCAAAGCUGGAGCACCAGGAGUACCUACGCCACCAGCACAAACAAGAGCACCGCGUCUACUCAAGAAGUCUGUGGAACAGGGUAGACGAGACAAGGAAGCAACAGAUACAGCAUCACUGCCUCCUGCCCCGCCUCCUCCACCACCACCAUCGCCUCCACGCCGCGAAUCCCAGUUUCUCAGUUCUAAUCUUCCCGCUUCAGCAAAAGCAAGGCUUCGAAUUCCCAAAGAUCUGUUCGUCUCUCCCAACAUUCCCGAGUCGAUACGACAGUUAGAAAGACUACUUUCAAGCCGCAGUGACCUCGCCAUCUCUUCCAACCUUCCUACGUCACUGCCAUCGAUAGAAGUGCCACCUCCACCCCCAGGAGCCGCAUUUCCCAACCGCAGAUUUCCUCAGUUGCCAAACCAAGCAGGGGCACCAGGUGUAGCCAACUCUGUGGAAGGAGAAGCCAGGGAGUACAUUACACUAGCACCUUUCCGCCCAGAAGCAGCAUCAUCGUCUCACAACCUUCCCCCGCUGUCAGCCACUGUAGGAGAUCUACUUCCACGCCGCCAUGUCUCCAAUACCAGGCCCAAUCUUCCCAAGUUGCCAACGCCAGAACGAGCAUCAAGUGUGGCCAGUCAAUCAGCAGGGCCCGUAACAAGAAGUCGAGCACUACGUGCAGCCAGUGAACCCGCCCCCAUGCGAGGAGGACGAGGACGAGGACGAGGCAGAGGAAGGCCCAGAAAAAUACCUUCUCCAUCGCCUCUGCGCAACGAAACUAUCUUUCCACUGCCAGCACAACCAAUAGAGCCGCGUGUAAACAUCAGUGUCCCCAUCCCCAGCCUCAGUCUUCCUAAGCUUUCAGUACAAGCCAGAGCAUCACGUAUAUUCGCUGAACUCUUCAACCGCGACUCGCAUACGGAAGAUGUCACAUCGGCGCCAGACGAACGAAGAGACCCAGAGGGCGAUAUAGUCGAGCGACCUGUCACCGCAGACCAACCCCUUCCUUCCCCUCCAACAACCUCUUCUUUACCACCUCCCGCCACGCCGCCACCCCCGCCUCGAGACGCUCCCAUCUACAUCUCCUCGGGCUCAUCUUCCUUCUCUUCCCCCCCUUCAUCUCCCAACCCACCCCCACCAACCACAGCUCCUUCCGGUCCCACCAUCUCCAUCUCACCAUCCUCUUCCUCCUCCUCUUCCCCAUCGCCAUCCCCCUCUCCCACAACACGCGCACUCGCCGCCUUCGCAUCCACCCGCCAUUCCUCUUCCCACAUCCCAUCAUCCACCGUAGCACAACCAACCCUAUCCUUUCCCCGCUUCCCCCGACUAACCCCACGCUCCCUCCCCCUCUUCCACACCGGCGCCGUAAUCGCAGUCGAAAACAUCCUCGAAGACUAUGCUAUCACGCCUGAUUUCACCCUUCUCGAUCUCGUCGAUGACUUGCAGGAGAAUCGCCCCAAGAUAUAUGAUUGGGAGCAUGUUACGAUUAUGCGGGGCGGGAAUUGGGUGUAUGGGGUGCUGAGGAGGGUUUGCGCAGAGUGGGGUGAGGACGUGGGUGUUGAGGAGGUGGGUGGGCGGUUGAUGGAGUGGGUUGAGGGGGAGUUUGAGAGGUUAGGAGGGGGUUAG